AAACAAGGAUGCAUUUGUUCUUCCGUUGAAAUUCAGUGUCUGUGUGGGCUUCGCCUUUACCCAGCAAGUAGGUAAAACUACUUGAUUUCCUUACACUUGCCUAGGCCAUAAAGGACUAUGAAGGAGAGGUUAACAUACCGUACUGUUACUAGACUCAUCCAGCGUUAUCUGCGUUUUCCGCAUGCGGUUGUGACACGCUGCGUGUGUGUUAGGUUUUUGUUGGCACCUUAAUCGAGUAAAAUAUACCGAAGGCUUAUAGUAGGAUGGCGAAUUCAAACGAUAAUGUUCUUCCAAAUGAACCUCAUCACCCUAAAGCUGAUUUUUCAUUUCCUAAACGAUCAUUUGGAAAGGCAAAACCUGUAAUGUGCUCAGCACAAUCCCAGUGGUUCAGGACCUGGCCAUUUUUGCAUUAUGUUGAGGGGAAAGAUGUUGUGUUUUGUCACACAUGUGUAGCAGCUGUAAAGCAAGUGAAACUCAAGUUUAGCAACAGUAUGGCUAGUGCAUUUGUAACAAAGGGCUUUUCUAAUUGGAAAGAUGCAACGACUACAUUUAGAAAGCACCAACAAUCAAAAACUCAUGGAAAAGCAGUUGAAGUGGUAUUAACAUUGCCAAAGGCAACCAAGAAAGUCGGAGAGCUACAAAAUGGAGCUCACAGUGUGCAAAAAGAAAAGGCAAGGGACAUGCUUCUACUGAUACUUUCAAGUAUCCGUUUUCUUGCCAGACAAGGACUUGCUUUGAGAGGAGAUGGCAGUGAUGCGUCAUCUAAUUUAAUACAACUACUUACUUUAAGAGCAGACGACCAACCGGAUAUUCUUCAGUGGAUUCAUAAAAGUGCUUGCAAACACACAUCACCAGAGAAUCAAAAUGAAAUGCUGAAAUUAAUGGCUCAUCAGGUUCUUAGGCAAAUCCUACAACAGAUCAACAGCUCCCCGUUCUUCACAGUCAUGGCUGAUGGAAAUACUGAUAGAUCCAAUAGAGUGAAACUUACAUUGGUAAUAAGAUGGGUUAACGACAAUUUUGUCGUGUCUGAGGAGUGUUUAGGGCUAUAUUACCUUUCUGCCACUAAUGCAAAAAGCAUAGUUAAUGCCAUAAAAGAUACAAUUACACUCUUCAAGAUUCCUCUAACAAAACUUCGUGGGCAAUGCUAUGAUGGAUGCAGCAAUAUGGCAGGAGCAAAAGCUGGGGUAGCAACAAUGAUACAAAAAAUAGAGCCCAGAGCUGUCUUCAUGCAUUGUUAUGGACAUGCACUCAACUUUGCAGUCGGUGAGACUAUCAAGCAGUCAAAGACUAUGAAAGACUGUCUGGAUACUUGUUAUGAACUGCUGAAAUUUAUCAAGUUCUCCCCAAAAAGAGAGGCUAUGUUGCGUGAUUUGAAAGAGGAACUCGUCAGUGAUACUCCUAAUGUACAAACAUUAUGCCCUACAAGGUGGACCGUGUGUGCAGGAGAUCUUGCCAGUAUCCUUGCAAAUUAUGACAGCAUACAGCUCUUAUGGGAAGCUGCAUUGUGUGCUACACCUGACACUGAGAUGAAGGCCCGGAUUCGUGGAGUGGAAAGCCAAAUGCAAAAGUUUAAAUUUUUGUUCGGGCUUGUGUUGUCAGAAUUAAUUUUACGUCACACUGACAAACUUAGUCAAACCUUACAGCAACCAAAUUUAUCCAGUGUCGAAGGUCAUGAAGUAGCAAUGCUAACUAUGAAAACACUUCAAGGAAUUCAGUCAGAUCCUGAUGGUUUUAAUUUGUUUUGGGAAAGUCUUGAGCUGCUAAGAUGCCAACUCGAUGUUGAUGAACCACAUCUUGAAAGAAAAAGGAAAGCUCCCAGGUGGUUCGAAGAAGUCAGUGCUCCUGGUGAGUUUCCUGUAUCUGUUAAGGAUGAAUACAGACGUGUGUAUUUUGAAGCAUUUGAUCAUGCCCUAAAUAGCAUCCAAAGCAGAUUUGACCAGAAAGGGUUUAAGACCUUCUCGAAGGUCGAGCAACUUUUGUUUAAAGCAUGUGUCGGGGAGUGCUUCAGUCAUGAAUUGGAUGAAGUAUGCACAUUCUUUUAUGAUGAUUUUGACAAAGACGAGUUGAAAGCAGAACUGAUUACUCUCCAUCAACUCUACGAUUCAACUGUAGGAAAGGAAGCCCCAUCCAUUAAUAACAUAAGGAAAACAAUGUUAACCUUAUCUAGCUCUCAAAUGAUGUUGAUUAAAACGGCAUCCCGCCUGUUUCAGUUAUUAUUGAUCCUCCCUGCUACAAAUACUACAUCUGAGCUUUCAUUCAGUUCCCUCAGACGUAUCAAGUCCUAUCUGAGCUGCACAAUGGAACAGGACCGGUUAAAUCAUUUGAUGAUUCUACAUAACCAUCAAGAUCUCUGUGAUUCGCUGGAUUUAAAGACUAUUGCCAAUGAGUAUAUAGCAAAAAAUGAAACCAGGAAAAAUGUAUUUGCUACAUUUAAAUAAUCGGAAAAUGUAGCCUACGUACACUAAAGAUAGGCAUGUUGUACCAGGCUCCAUAUUUUUACCCAGUGUAGUAUACUGUCAUUGUUCAGCAUUUUAAUUUCUUUACUAAAUUGCUUAGUCAAUUGACAAGGAACAAAGUAUGCCUUCAUCUGUAUAUUUAUUCCUGGUAGUUGUAGUAUAUGCAACAUUAUUCCUAUAAAUAAAUAUACACUGUAAAUAGGCUUUCCAUUUAAGCACAUCCCUUAAAUACAUAAAGUAUCGAUUGAAAGUGUACCAUAUAGUACUGUAUUAGCAAUAUUAUUUUUCGUUCAUAGGAUUAAUCUUACAUUUUUGUCAAUGUCAAAAGGCCUAAUACUAAAAUAACAACAAUGCUGUGAGUAACAAUCUUCUCUUGAGUAAACCUGCCUGUUUUGAAUUCGAAGUGUUUUAUUAUUUUGCUUCAUUAGCGCUAAUGGUAGUUUAAAACAUAUUUUUAUAAACAAAAUUAAUUAACUAUUUAUUAGAUUACUAUUACAAAACAUUGAACUUGGUCUAUACAAUGUAAAAAUAGCUUUUUCCCCCCAGGGCAGCCUCAGUGCUCGCUUCGCUAACAACCUGACCACUUCAAUUUUCGUGGCUACGGCCCUGAUUAGUUGCUCUAUAAUCAUUGGCCAAGUUGGUUACAAGCGUCUGCAUAGACAGCAGAAUGUUCUGGGUUCGAAUCUUGAUUGGGGAAAACAUAUUUUUACAAUCGCAGAUUCCUCUUCACCUUAAAUCUGAGAUUUAAAUCCGAAUGAAAGCAACCAAGAGCUAGUCCUGUUCAACUACACAAAGCCUAAAUAAAUGAAAAAGAUCAGUUGUUUCUCAAUGAAGCCUCAGUGGACAGUUGUUGAGAGGCGCGGCGUCUUCAUAGACAGAGAAGUUCCUGGGUUCGUAUCCCGGUUGUAGGAACUUUUUUUACAACUGGCCAUCGUUUGCUCAUUGAUUCAAUAAAUAUAACCCAGAGGUAAGGAACUAGGAAGUACGCUUGCAUGCGUUUGGUGUGUCGUAGUUUUGUGGGACCGGAAAUAGUGUGCAGUCGGUUGGUUGUUACGAUGCCCGAUUGACCUCAGAGUACAGCAACAUCAAAAUAAUCAUGUAAUAUGUAUGCAAAAUGUGUACGAUUAAAACCCGGGGUGGGUCGGGUACCGAAAUGACCAUUGUACAUUUUAAGUGCUGCAGUUACUUCAUACAUAAUUGCGAUGAUAUAGAGCCAAUUACAUCAAGUUCGGUCUCGUGGGCAAAUUGAAUGCAAUUGCCCUUUAUGUAUACAAGGGACGGAAAUAAUAAUGUACAUAACAAUAUAUGCCAGUAGUGAUGCCUACGAUGAUGUUAUUUCUUACGAUCAUUUAAACCACUGUAGGCCUACUGUUGCAGAGUUUUGUACUUUUGCAGCACAUUAAUACACUGUAUAGUGAAGUACAGAUAUAGUUUGGAAUGAUUGAAUAGGCAUUCUGGUA